AUGGAUUCACCGAAAAGUAAAGUUUACGGAUAUAAGAAGAAAAUUUGGUAUGCACCGAAUAAAUUCGAAUCAUAUGGCGAUGAAGAAAUCAAAGCUGUUGAAUCCUGCCUACGAAAAGGCUGGCUUGCACCAGGUCCCAUUACUGAACAAUUUGAACGAGAAAUAGCAAGUAUCUUUGGAAAAAAAUUCGCUGUUAUGGUUAAUUCAGGUUCAUCAGGCAAUAUAUUGGCAUUGCUCAUUGCAGGUUUGAAAGCAGGUGACGAAGUUAUUACACCUGCGUGUACCUUUGCUACAACUGUUGCUCCUAUCGUUCAACUUGGUCUCGUACCCGUAUUCUGUGAUGUCGAACAGGGUUCAUAUGUAUCUUCUGUUGCACAAGUCAUUGAAAAAGUUAGUUCACGCACAAAAGCUUUGUUCCUUCCAAACCUAAUUGGGAGCAAACCGAAUUGGCAAGGAUUAAAAGAUGAAUUAUUUAUGUUGGGUCGUCGAGAUAUUUUACUCAUCGAAGACUCCUGCGAUACAAUCACGAGCACUCCAAUAACAGAUAUUGCUGUUACCUCAUUUUACUCCAGUCAUAUUAUUACAGCAGGUGGUGGUGGAGGAAUGGUUAUGUGUAAUGAGAAGAGUCAACGUGAUCUUGCUUUACAAUAUCGUGAUUGGGGGAGAAUGGGUACGAACACUGAAUCGUUCUCAGAACGUUUUGGUCAUUCUGUUGACGGCAUUGAAUAUGACUUCAAAUUCUUGUAUCCUAUUCUUGGUUAUAAUUUUAAAUCGACUGAAAUGAAUGCUGCAUUUGGUCUAGAACAGUUAAAAAAACUGCCAUUAUUUCUUGAGAAACGUCGUCAAAAUAUAGAUCGUUUUGUGCAACAACUCAAAGAACUAGAACCUUAUGGUCUUGUACUCCCCAAAAAUCAUGACAAAGUAGAUUGGCUUGCAUUACCACUCGUGUUACCGAACCGCAAGGUCCUGCUUCAAAAACUUGAAGACAGCGAUAUACAGACACGAGUGUGUUUUGCAGGUAAUAUCACUCGACAUCCUGCCUACCGACAAUACUAUCAAGUCUUUCCGAAUGCUGAUGAAAUUAUGAAGAAUGGUUUCUUGGUCGGUGCUCAUCAUGGCAUGAAUCAAGAAGAUGUUGACUAUGUGUGUGAAGUAAUCAAAAUGCACGUUUACUCAAGUCAAUCAUCUAGCCACAUUAAUACAUAA